CCAGAGACGGGCAUCGAAGAGUUGUGAGCGCUCUCGGUACAAUAAAACGUUCGCCGAUUGUUUCUCUUAUAGUUUCUACAUACCGACUUCCUCAAAAGUGUCAAGUGAAUUUUUAUUUUCAUUCUGGACCAUUACAUAUCGAACAAUAAUGCAGUCGCAUAUAUCACUUGUUUGCUUUGCCUGCAUCGUUUUUGUGACGUUCUUCGUCGGAUCGGCGACUACGACACCAUACCUGCGUGAAAAACGGCAAUGGGACGACAUCGUCGACCAGUGCAAAAUAUAUGAUUCGACGGAGACAACUUGCCAGAGGUGCGCCAAGGAGACGAAGAGUGUCAUAGUCUACCCGAUGUGCUGCGAAGGAAGAGAGUCGGCACGAGAAUGGUGCACCACAUUCAUAAACUACGGAAUCACAGACGACAAUUAAAACGCCGAAUUGACUAUUUAUUACAACUUCAAUUUUGUAUGAUACUAAAGCCCUUGUGAUGUACGUUAAUGAGUGCGCGAAUGUAUAUUAUAAAGUUUUCGUUGGUUACAUCGUUCUCGUACUUAAGUGUUUUUAUGUUUUGUGAUAGAACAAAAUAUUUACGGGACUCUUUGUUGUGUUUGAUGUUUCAAAACUUAUUUUCAAGACUGACGGAUCACAUAAAAACAUAAACGUAAAGCCAGUCGGCACGAUCUUGUAUGAAUGACCGACCAUGUGACAAAAUCGUGAAUUUUGAGUUGUUGUUCUAGUCAGUGUGUGUUGAGUAAUUCUGGAAUCGCUAUUAUGUAAAAAAACAAACUAAAAACUAUCUUAUAAUGAAAUGUUAAUGUGUAAUUGAUGGCUGUGAAUGAAAACUAUUCAUAUAUUUUUUUAGUCUUUCAAAAAUAUAUUUUUAUGAUUAAA